UCCGUCGCCGAGGACCAAGAAAAAGACAACUAUUCCAAGAAAAUCUAAAUUGUUUGCUCAAAUUUAAAUAUUUUGUGCUACUUCUCAGCUCUAAAAAGUCGAUUGUGAAGUCUCAACAAAACGUAUUGGACGUCGAAAUUUGGACAUACUUUCUAAAGGUUUCAUGCAAUUAUCUUCUUCAGCACAAUACUACAAAAGGCCCUUUUCGAAAACUUGGACGACUCUUUAGCAGUUGCCUGCGGCAAACAACGAAUUCUUCAACUAUUAAAUUCGUUCUAGAACAGCUUGGUGGUUAUCUCCCUACAGGAACGGUUGGUCCUACUUCAAUAUCAUCUUUGAUUAAAAAAAUGUACAAAUUGGGCCCAACGCCGCUAAUUGAUAUAUAUUACGACUUAAGCUACGGCCGCCGACCGCAAGUUUUGCUAAUAAUAGGCGGGCCUGGAGCUUCACCCCUAAUAUUAGAGAACAGCAUACGCUAUUCCGGUCCAAAAGCGCCACCUUAUCAGUUUAAAAAUGGAGAAUAUAAACUAUUGAAGAAACUACUAGAUAACUUUUUACCGAACGAACUGUCUUCUGAUCAAAAGUCUUCAGAGAAAGAGACGAUUUCCACAUUUAUCGGUGAACUAAAUCAAAUUCGAAUGGAACUUUCUCUCCGGGGUUUCUGGAAUAGUUCGGUAUUAUACAACAUUUCCUCAUUGCAAGAAAUGUAUCCCCUGCUUAACUGGACCGAUUUAGUGCCAUAUAAAUGGAAUAACCCUAUCGUGGUUAGAAGUCCAGAUUAUAUAAAAGCAAUUGAAGAAUUGCUUGUAAAAUAUUCUACACGCGUUGUACAUAAUUCGAUGCUCAUUCUUUUUACUCUUGGAAUAUUGCCACCAGAUAAUCCCAAUCCAAUAAUAUGUACACGUGCUACAAUGUGGGCUCUUCCCGAUGUAACCUCCGCAAUUUUUGUGGCUCACCAUUCUACAAAAGAUAUUAAAAACGCUAUAAAAAGGACCGAUGUAAUAUUUAAAUCACUUAAGGCUUAUUUAAAGCGCGCGCCUUCACUUAAAGGGGCAGCAUUAGUUAAACUGUCAUCACUGCGGGUACAAUCUCAACUUUGGAAUGGCUUUACUAAUCUUACUUUUGCAACAAAAGAGUUAGAGUCUAUGGAUAUAUCCUCAGACGACUGGUUUGAAAAUGUACUAAAAAUAUUUGGAACACAAAAAAAGGACCCCACAUCUAUAAAAAUUGAUAGGAACUCUUAUGAUACGUAA